GGCAGCGGGGAGAAAGGUGAAAGUAGGGUUUAAGAGGCACAUGAACAUGCAGGCAAAGAAGGGAUACCAAUUGGAUCAUGUUUGACAUAGAUCUGGAGGGUCGAAUAGUAUAUCCUGUGCUGUUCCUGUGUAUGUUUUAAUGACUAAACAAUCUGGUCAUGAUUGGUUAAGUGAUACAGUAUCAUGAGAUCUUUUAACAGUAUUUAGGGAGAAGUUACCUCUAGUCAAAUGACAAUAUCACACUCCCUCGGUACAGUCCAAUACCAACAUACAUAUUUGUGUUUAAAUUUCUAUAAUGAUUCUUCAACCCAGAGGAUAAAGCCUGAAUUUGCAAACGUCAGUAUAUAAAGCUAAAUAUUUAUGAAAAGCUAAGGGGGAGGAAUCUAAUUAUACUUUACAUGCAAAUAUUAACUUUCAAAUAGAUAACGAUCGCCGCUCCAUUACAACAGGCAAAGUUAAUUGGCAAGUAUUAAUUUUGCCAGAUUGAAAGACCUGAGAUGUGUCCUCAGAGAGUAAAAGCAGCGUUUAUCAUCGCUAUGGCCUGUCUGUUGACAUCAAUUCGUGAACACUCAACCUUGUCGAAUUUCAAGAGGUCUCUCAAGCGCGAAAUCGAUUAUUAACGACGGGCCCGAGAGACUUGUGCAGAAAGAGCAGUCGUUGCAACGCGAGUCAGGCGUGUACUUGGGACACGCGUUACACACUGUCCCGGUGGGUGAUCGCUUACACUCGGGGCCCGGGGAACCGGAGCCGGUUUACAUCGUGCUGCUGAAGCUCGCAUCCCUAAAUCCAGCAGGUUGGAAGUGUCUGACGCCAUUUCCUGGGCUGUAUUCACGCAUGCCCAAGAACGCAGAGGGGAUUUGGAUAAUUUCUUGCGGGACUCGCUCCUCUGUUUGCCUGCGAGCUGCGAUUUCACGCCGGCUGGUGUAAUUGAUCAGCUCGCCUUUCCUUACAUUGUAUCAGCUCCGUUGUUAGCUUUCGAUUAGCUUCCUUCCCUUCUGCCCGCCUCUCCCUCCAAGCGAUCGCAGAGGGAGGCGGCGGCGAUGUUGGGCUUCUUGCGGCGGACACUCGGGCGCCGCACGGUGCGCCGAUACACCGAGCGGGAGAAGCAGAGAGAGGCGCAGAGAUCCGGGAUUCACAUCCCGGCGGCUGGCGACAGCAAGUCCAUAAUAACCUGCAGGGUCUCCUUACUGGACGGCAGCGAUGUCAGCGUGGACUUACCGAAAAAAGCUAAAGGCCAGGAAUUGUUUGAGCAAAUCAUGUACCAUCUCGACAUCAUUGAGAAAGAUUACUUCGGCCUCAGGUUCAUGGACUCUGCUCAAGUAGCGCACUGGUUGGACAACACCAAGAGCAUCAAGAAGCAAGUGAAAAUUGGCCCUCCAUACUGUCUUCAUCUCCGAGUAAAGUUUUAUUCAUCUGAACCCAACAACCUGCAUGAAGAAUUAACCAGAUACUUGUUUGUACUACAGUUGAAGCAGGAUAUUCUGAGUGGCAAGUUAGAUUGCCCUUAUGACACAUCAGUUCAGCUGGCAGCAUACGCCCUUCAAGCUGAAUUGGGCGACUGUGAUCCUUCGGAAAAUGGGCCGGACUUGGUGUCUGAAUUCCGAUUUGUGCCAGAUCAGGUGGAGGAGAUGGAGUUUGCCAUCUUUGAGAAGUGGAAAGAAUGCAGAGGUCAGACGCCCUCUCAAGCAGAAAUAAACUAUCUCAACAAAGCCAAGUGGCUGGAGAUGUAUGGUGUUGACAUGCACAAAGUCAAGGGAAGGGAUGGAAAUGAAUACAGCCUGGGCUUGACCCCAACAGGAGUCCUGGUGUUUGAAGGAGAAACCAAGAUUGGACUUUUCUUCUGGCCUAAAAUCAUCAAACUGGAAUUUAAGAAAAGCAAGCUAACUCUAGUGGUGGUGGAGGAUGAUGAAGAGGGGAAGGAACAAGAACACACCUUUGUGUUUCGGCUGGAUCACCCCAAGGCUUGCAAGCACCUCUGGAAGUGUGCUGUGGAACACCACGCCUUCUUCCGACUGAGGGGACCUGUUCAAAAGAACUCAAACCAGCUGGCCUUCGUGCGGAUGGGCUCCCGGUUCAGAUACAGUGGGAGAACAGAGUACCAGACCACCAAAUCUAGCAAACCACGGCGGCAAGUCUCCUUUGAGCGUAGGCCAAGCAGACGAUAUUCAAGAAGGUCGACACAGCAGCGAGCCAAUCCUUUCAACAGAAACCUGGAACCAAGCUUGCUCAUUAAUACAGAAACUGCGAAGCCUGCCUCUCAGUCCGUGACUGUGAGGCCUGCUGUCCCUGUUGUGACUGCAUUACCCAGCGUUCCUGUGCCAAUUGAAAUAGAAAAUCUUCCCAGGAGCCCAGGCCUCAACCAAUCUGACAAGAGGAGCCUGCAGAUAGCAGAUUUGUUGGACACCAAAGAGCUGUUGGAGACUUCGGUGGAUGAGGUCAUAGGAGUGCCUGUUACCAUGGCAGCACCAAGAAUUUCUGAAGAGUCUGUUCAAAGUUUGACCUCUGCUGGGACAAAUGAGAGUGCAUGUGAUAAACCGGAUUCAGCCGCACUGGAGGAAGUGAUAGCGAGACUGAAACGGCUUCAGAUAGAGAGCAGUCCUGUGGCUGGCAUCAGGCCUGAUGUGAGUAACCAGGAUGAAAUUGUGAAGACAUUGGACAAGUGCCUGAAGAACGCCGCAGCAAAUGACAUUGGCCCAGGACUUCCUGAAGAUGUGAAAGGCAACAUUUUGAAAACACAGGUGGUUAGAAAUGAUACUGGAAGGAAUGGGAAAAAUUCUAACCCAUUUGACACAGAUUUCAGGAGCUUGGGAGUCACAGACUCUAUUUUAUUGCCGAGCAGAAUUCCCAAAUGGCAAAGUGGCGGGGAUCUAUGGAGAAAUAUGCCAACUUGUGACCCCUUCAUCUGUGAUGUUCCAAGUGUGGAGGAGACAGGUCCAAACCAUGAAGUUCCAACCAUUCCGUCUAUUCCAGCUACCGCUGAGCCAGCCAAAGAGCUUCCAGCUCUAAAGCAGGACGUUGCUGAGGACCUGGACAAUCUACUCUCAGCUCUGAGUGAAAAUCUGAUCGACUUCACGGAUCCCAGCCCGCCGGGAGGGGUCGUUGCAAAUGGAGUUUUCAAUCGUGAAGCCUCAGCCGCCCCGAAAGCAGUACAAGCAGUUGUUGACACUCCACUCUUACCCAAACCAUCUUCUACUGCAGCCCCAGUUACCAAAGGCUCAACAUCAUCCACCAGCGCCUCCACGAAGGAUGUGGUGAGGACACCGAAGCUGAAGGGGCUGUUGACAACGGAGUUGUGAGAGCUGUGCAAGGAUUACCUUUCACCUGUUUUGGAAAUGAACGUAGCAGCCAACAGCUUCCUGCAUGCCG